UUUAGCAGCAUGCGGAGCACCACUUUGGUGCAGGCCAUGAUCAACCUGACGCUCGCUGAGCUUGCUGCGCCAUUCAAGCAGAAUUCCAGCCAACAGCCGGUCACUUUUGACCCCAUGAAUGUUAACGACUGGUUCACGCAUGUGGUUUCUCCCAUACUCCGGCGAUUCCUUCCUCCCGGCCAGAUAGAAAUCCACCCCAACCUCACGGCUGUCUUCCAUAACCAGUUCUACAUUGAGACGGGGAUGGGAACUGGAGCCCAGAAUGAAAGUCAGGACAUCUGCAGCGUCUUUAUUGAUAAUAGAACUUGUGGGCUGACGGACCUGGUGGAAAAUGUGGCCACUGUCCUGCACUGCGCAGCACGCUCAAACCUCACGCUCAACGAGGAGACGCUCUCAAGUGUCCUCCUGCAUCUCUCCCAGAACCUUAACGCUCUACUGCAGCAGCUCUCUAUGACCAACUUCAGUUCCCAGAUUUCCCCCUUCAGUGACAUCCUGGACCAAAUGGUUCAUGACACCUUCACAAUGAGCAACUUGCAGGAGAGUCGUUUGUGAGAUUAUGGUUCCAGAUCAAGUUAAAGCCUCUUCUCUCCACACUGACUCCAGAAUAUCUCACUUGCCUCAGUCACAAAGAGUUCAGCUGCCAGACCUUCCAGAUACUUGUUUCAGAACUCAGUGAUAACACGCUCCUGGUGUCAGAAGAAGGUGUGCAGGAUGUUUAUCAGUAUUUCAUUAGACCCUUCCUGAGCCGACAAAAUGUUUCAGGUGGCUGCCCUGCAGAGAACAGCAGCAUCUGGAUUACUCUGAAUUUUGGUGGAUUUUCACAGUUUGCCACAUUGAGGGAAAUGUACCAGCUGAACCAAGACUUCAACGCUAUUGAUGCACUGGUGGUUCUCUCCCCCAGACAGACAGCUGAACUCAUAGUUGAGGAUUUUGCAGGUCUGCCAGAGAAAAGUGUUAUCAUAAACAUAGUUUUUGAUCAUAUCCUUGCUUCUCCUGAAGACCGUGGACUGCUUGAGAUGCUUGGAUAUCUCAUCAUGCUCGCUGGCCAGAUGGGUUUGGAGUGCUCAUCAUACCAGCAGAUGGUUCAGAGGCUGCAGGAGUCUGUGGUUCCUCCACACAUGAUGGAAACCAUCAAGAACUACACAAGUCAUCUGGAACAGAUGGCACCUCCUGGCUGUUUUCCUUCACCUGUUACGUGUAUUUCAACAUCAGUCAAUGAAACCUCAAUUUGUAAUGGAAUCAGCAGUAACGAGACUCUCCUGUCCGCUGGACUCGUGAGCGCCCCAUGUAGUGCGGACCUGCAGCAGUACGCUUGCUCUUCGCUCACAGGCUUCACUGCUGGAAACCUGGCUGGACUCCUGAAGUGUCAACUAUCCAGCAGCAGAAGUUACUCCAAGGAGAUCUGGAAACUGCUUUUCACCAAAGCAAAUGAUGUUCUGGACGGAGCCCUCGUCAUCUUCUCCAGCGCAGCAGCAAAUAUGUCUCAGCCAAUCAGAGGUGAUGUCGUGUCCCAAGUGCUGGAUGUGAUUGGAGAGCUGAGACUGGAGCGCAUCAGUCCUGACCAAUGGCGAGACCUCCCUUUCAUCAGCAUGUUGUUGGGUCAAUAUCUGAAGCCGUUUUUACCGUUUGCGUCAUCGUCCCUACUGCUGUGCACUAGCAGCAAAAACCUCAGCUGCCAAACUUACCAGCACAUUCUGUCAGAGGUCACACUCGUCAAUGAGACUCAAGGAAGAAACAUGGUGAACUUCUUCAUUCUGCCCUUCCUCAGAAGAAACACAACCAGGUGA